AAAUUCAAGUUUGGCGGUGGCGGUCGAGCUGCUCGAGUGGAUGCUGCCACAAAGGCUCGCGAACAGGAGAUUGAACGACAGGCCAAUGCCGAUCCGGCUCCCUUCCGGUAUAGACCCUACAACUUGGGGGAACUGGUGGAUCCAAAGUCGGUAGAGCAGCUAAAGAAGAUGGGAGGAGUCCACGCUAUCAUCUCUGGUCUGGGCACACAUCCCGAAAAGGGACUGGACCUACCUACCAAGGUCGAUGCAUCCUCUGGUAGCAAGGUGCAUGACAUUGAAUCUGGCACUGGAGACUCCUCGCCCGAUUACUACGUCUAUGCUGGCACGCCAUCUGAUGUUCCCGCUCCCGUCAUUGCGCCCAGGGAUGAGCGCGAGCGCGUCUAUGGUCGUAAUGUGCUGCCAGUCAAGAAGGCUAAGCCGCUCUGGCUAAUGAUGUGGCACGCCCUCGCCGACAAGAUCCUCAUCAUCCUGCUCAUUGCCGCCGUCGUAUCUCUAGCCCUAGGGUUCUACACCGACUUUGGAGCCCCUCCAGAAUACACACCAUGUGCAAAUCCUGAGCCAGGGCGCGAUGGGUGCAAGGCCGCCCCCGUCGAUUGGGUCGAGGGUCUGGCCAUUCUCAUUGCCGUUGCCGUCGUCGUCAGUGUCGGCUCCAUCAACGAUUAUGGCAAGGAAAGGCAAAUGCAGAAGCUCAAUGCCCAGAAGAAUGAGCGAGAUGUCCGUGUCAUUCGACGAGGCUCUCCUGCUCUGAUGAGCGUUCACGAUGUCCAGGUCGGUGAUGUGCUGCAGAUUGAGCCUGGAGAAAUCAUUCCCGCCGAUGGUAUCUUCUUGCGAGGCCACAAUGUCAAGUGCGACGAGUCUGGCGCUACUGGCGAAAGUGACUUGAUCCGAAAGGCCACCUACGAGGAGUGCUUGGCAGACUGGGAAGCCAAUCAGAAGUCCCUCGAUGCCGCUGGACAGUCCGGUGCACCCGCCAAGUCGCCCAAGCGAGACCCAUUCCUCAUCUCUGGUUCUCGGGUGCAGGAGGGUGUAGGAGAGUACCUCGUCACUUCUGUCGGUGUCACCUCCUUCAACGGUAAACUCAUGAUGUCACUUCACGGCGAAGCCGAGGACACACCGUUGCAGGCCAAGCUCAACCAUCUCGCUGGAGUCAUUGCCAAGCUUGCCACCACUGCCGGAUUCACCCUCUUUGUCGUUCUCUUCAUCCGAUUCCUCGCGCAGCUCCCGAACUCACGGCUCACCCCCGAUGAGAAGGGUCAGAGGUUCAUCUCCGUCCUCAUCUUAGCCGUCACCGUCAUCGUCGUCGCUGUGCCGGAAGGUCUGCCCUUGGCCGUCACACUCGCACUGGCUUUCGCCACCAAGAGAAUGGCCAAGCAAAACUUGCUCGUUCGACUGCUCGGGAGUUGUGAGACCAUGGGAGCCUGCCAGGUCAUCUGCACCGAUAAGACUGGUACCCUCACUCUCAACUCUAUGAGCGUCGUCGCUGGGUCUGCCGGAAUCCAUUGCAAGUUCGUUGCCGAUCUUCAGGAGCAUGAGCAUCGAGUCAUGUCUGGCAAGGAUGAACAGGCUGCUGCUUCGACUGGAAAGGACUACUCCAUUGACCAGAUGACACUUGGCGAGCGAGUGCAGGGGCCUCUCCGGGAGCUCUGGAACGAUAGCAUUGCAAUCAGCUCGACUGCUUUCGAAGAACGCAAGGAGGACGAAGAGGCAGCAAAGGGUAAGGCCGGCUCUACAAUGGCAAAGAUCAAAGCUUCUUUGGGAAUCAAGGUCAAGAAGGCUCAUGUCAAGACUGGUGCUGCCGGAAAGCCCUUGACUGCCUUUGUCGGUUCCAAAACCGAGACUGCUCUGCUGCAAUUUGCCAAGGACCUUGGGUGGGAAGACUACCGAGCUCGACGCAGGAUCGUUGAGACGAUUGAGAGCUACCCAUUCAGCUCCGAGAGAAAGGCCAUGGCCGUAGUCGUCAAGAAGCCCAAUGGCGGUGCUCGGAUCUACGUCAAGGGAGCCUCGGAAGUCAUCUCUGCCCUCUGCACUAAUGUGGUCAACAUGCCCGUUGCAAGCCACGAUGGACCUGUGUCCGAGAUCGAGAUCAGCCAAAUCACCUCAGAGGACAGAGACAACAUCGAGAGGACCAUUAUGUUCUACGCUUCGCAGUCUCUCAGGACCCUCAGUCUGGCCUACAAGGACUUUGAGCAGUGGCCACCCGCUGGCGCCACUUUUGUCACGCAACAGGGCGAUGAUAACGAUGGUGCCCAAGAGGUCGACUACUUUUCCAUUGCCAAGGAGCUCAAUCUGCUUUCUAUCGUCGCCAUUGAAGACCCUCUGAGGCCUCAUGUCAGGCAGGCGGUAUCCGACGCUGCUACUGCUGGUCUGCGGACCAUCAUGGUCACUGGUGAUAACAGUCUGACUGCCAAGAGUAUCGCCAUCCAAUGUGGAAUCUACGACCCCGCUAUCCUCCCUGCUCAGGUGAUCAUGGAAGGUCCUGUCUUCCGCAAGCUCAACGAUGAAGAUCUACGCACCGUUGUCCCUCAUCUGGCUGUCCUCGCGCGAUGCUCGCCGACUGACAAGCAGAAGCUGGUUAACACCCUCAAGGGCAUGGGCGACAUUGUCGCUGUCACUGGAGAUGGUGCCAAUGACGCUGCUGCUCUCAAGGCUGCCAAUGUUGGAUUCUCUAUGGGCAUCACCGGUACUGAAAUUGCCAAGGAAGCUUCGGACAUCAUCCUCCUCGAUGAUCGAUUCUCCAGUAUCGUCACUGCUUUGAUGUGGGGACGAUGUGUCCGAGAUGCGGUCAGGAAGUUCCUGCAGUUCCAGCUCAGUGUCAAUGUCGGAGCUGUGGCAAUUACCUUUAUCACUGCCGUUGCCAGCACGGAUGGUCACUCUGCGCUGGGAGCUGUCCAGCUGCUGUGGAUCAACCUGAUCAUGGACACUCUCGCUGCCCUUGCCCUGGCUACGGAUCCUGCUACGCCUGCUCUCCUGCACCGGGCUCCAGAGCGGCCCAAUAGCGCCUUGAUCUCGACGCAGAUGUGGCUGAACAUCGUCGGUCAAGCCAUUUACCAGAUGAUCGUCGUCCUUGUCCUCAACUUUGCCGGCACUAGCAUUCUCGGUUUGGAGGACGAGCUACCGAAUGUCGCUCAAGUACGAGUAUCUGCACUGUGCUUCAACACCUACGUCUGGUGUCAGUUGUUCAAUCAGAUCAAUGCCCGUCGUCUGGACCGUGGUCUCAACGUCUUUGAAGGCUUCUUCAAGAAUGCCUGGUUCAUCGGUAUCCUAGCCAUCGAAGUCGGCGCUCAAGUCCUGAUCAUGUUCGUUGGCGGUGCGGCCUUUUCAGUCACCCGUCUCCCCGGAACUUACUGGGCCAUCUCCAUUGUCGCCGGUGCGAUCAGCAUGCCCCUCGCAGCACUCAUCAAGCUCCUUCCUACACCCUACAUCGACCGUAAACUCAUCAACCUCGGUCUUAUGCCCGAUCCGCACGCA